UUUUCCGCUCUCCUUGGUAGAGAAGGUGCUGGACGCUCGUCGGUGUUUCGCAGUUCGUAGUCUUUGGACUCCGAGUGUGUGAGGACUUAAGAUGCCGCGUGGAAGUCGAAGCCGCUCUUCCCGGGUGGCCCCUCCGGCCAGCCGGGCCCCUCAGAUGAGGCCUGCUCCCCGACAAGCGCCUGCAGCUCAUCCUCCAGCAACAGCGACUGCACCAUCUGCAGUUGGUUCACCUGCUGCUGCACCCCGGCAGCCAGGCCUGAUGGCCCAGAUGGCGACCACUGCAGCCGGUGUGGCUGUGGGCUCUGCAGUGGGCCACACCCUGGGCCAUGCCGUCACUGGGGCCUUCAGUGGAGGUGGCAAUGCUGAACCCGCGAGGCCUGACAUCACUUACCAGGAGCCUCAGGGAGCCCAGGUGCUGAACCAGCAGUCUUUUGAACCUUGCUCUCUUGAGAUCAAACAGUUCCUUGAGUGUGCCCAGAACCAGAGUGAUGUCAAGCUCUGCGAGGGCUUCAACGAGGUGCUGCGGCAGUGCAGAAUUGCAAAUGGUUUAAUUUAAUCAAGAAGUUCAAACUGAAGAAAUUGAAGUGGGCCCCACAUAAUAGUGCACGUGUGGACCCUGAGUAAACCUCCUAUUUCUAACGGCUCCAUUGCUUCAGAGCAGCCACGAAGGAGUUCUAACUGUAUAGAUAUUAUUCCCUGAGGCUCAUAGUGUUAGGGACUGGGCAAGCAAUGGCCUCCUUGAACCAACUGUAUUGUUUUUUUGUGAGUUAAUGAAAAUAAACUGUUUUAUUCUGA